AAAUGUCAAAAUCAGUUGUCUGCAUUCAGUCCUCAUUCCAGUUGGAUUUGUAUAACUGCGAUUAAAGGAUUGAACAGCCCUCUGCACAAGACGUGCAACGCCACGAACCUUUAAACGAGUUUGAUACACUUUUGAAUAAAAAUAGUGUUUCCACAGUGUGACUUUUUAAAUAUCGGGUGACUUGAGCGUAGGUCUGACGCGAACAAAUCUGAUGAACUUUGUACCUAUACGCAUGCAGAAGACUGUCAAGCAACGGUGAUAGCUGUGAUUAGCUAACGUCUCCAGCAAGAAGCUUUGUCAUUGUACAUAGUUCAACAUGCUUCCUCGGAACGUCCAAACCGUACGGAGACUGAACGUGCUGAAACGAAUACUAACGAAUGGUGGUAAUGGCAACACCAUAGCAGCACCGUUUUGGUACCGACACAGUUCCACGGGAGCCACCAUUCGGAUAGACGAUGUGGAAAAGCAGAUAGAACCUCCUAAACAACCGGAACUAGUCCCAAAUGGUUAUGUCAAAGUGGCGGAAGACGGCGAAGCUCAGCUAUCACAAACUCGCUUGCACCAUCUACGCUGGAUGCUACAGAAGGACAAUCUUGGCCAAGAUAUGAUUCUCUUGGGAAGGCCAGGCAGCUUGCGAAGAAAUUUGAUUAUGCAGUACUCGGAACUGACGCAGCGCGAAGUAGAGUACAUUUUGCUGAAUCGUGACACGACAGAGAGCGAUCUGAAGCAGCGCAGGGAGAUAGCGGAUGGCACGGCCAGCUACUACAAUCAGAGCGCGGUAAGGGCGGCCACGGAAGGUCGCAUUUUGGUUAUCGAAGGUGUAGAGAAAACGGAACGAAAUGUGCUGCCGAUUUUGAACAACCUGCUCGAGAAUCGUGAGAUGCACUUGGAAGAUGGUCGGUUCCUGAUAUCGGCAAAGAAUUAUGACAGUCUACUGGAGCGCUUCAACGCAGAUCAGUUGGAUAAGUGGGGGCUGGUUCGAGUUUCGGAAGAUUUCAGAGUUAUCGCUCUUGGGCUUCCAGUUCCAAAAUAUCGAGGUUCACCACUGGAUCCACCUUUACGAUCCAGGUUUCAAGCAAGAGAUGUCAGUGAUUUGCCCUAUGCGGACAUUCUCAGCGAAGUUAAGACGCUAGCGGGACAAAAGAGCCCAGAAGUUUUAACAAAGCUUACCUCAUUCGGCUUCAGUGUGUUGUCAUCGGCAUCAACGCUGCCUGAUUUCCCAAUUGACAAUCUUCGCUACGCCGGAAUGUUAAUUAAUAACAACCCGCUACUGUCGGAAUAUAGUCUACUUAGUCGGCUCUAUCCGUACCCUGUUUUUCUCGAAAAAGAAGGUGUUGGUCUUGCAAAAUCUUUGAUGGAGUCACUGAAGAUUGUACCUGAUCAAGUGGCAUUAACUGAAAUAGUUGGUGUAGAAAAAAACGGCGACGAAACGCUCUCCGUAAACUUGAAAGUAAAUAGUAAACCCGUCAGAUUUAAAAUGCAAAAAGGGAAAUCAGACAUAGAAAAUCUGUCGACCGCCUACAAAAACACAAACUACCAGCAAAACCUGCUCGCAGAGUUAAUACAGUCCAUCGCCGUUGGCGACAUUUGUUUGAUUGGUCCCAAAGGUUGCGGGAAAUCUAUUCUAGUGAGCGAACUCUGCCAUCUGCUAGACCAGCAAGCUGAAACCAUGGUUCUGUACCAGGACAUGACGGCACGAGAUUUGAUCCAAAAGCGUACAACCAAACUGAACGGAGACACCGUGUGGCAAGAUUCGCCCCUGCUGCUAGCCGCUUUAAGCGGUCACGUGAUAACCUUGGAUGGAAUACACCGAUUGCACCACAGUACACUAGCUAUUCUGCACCGACUUGUUCACGACCGAGAAAUGCAGCUGUACGACGGUAGAAGGUUGAUGCGUCACGAUCGAUAUGACCGGCUACUCCAGUUAGGAUUCGCCAAAGAUGAUUUAACCUCGCGUGGAAUUCUCCGUAUCAAUCCGGCAUUCAGAAUUGCCGCUAUGGCUGAACCACAUCAGAAAACUGGUACGAACUGGAUUACUUCAGAGACGCUGAACUUGUUCCUUUUCCACGAAAUACGUGGAUUGAGCAAAGAUGAAGAAUUAUCGGUGAUUGAUUCACUUUAUGGGCCACUGGAUAGCACAAUGCACCAAAUUCUCCUAGUAGCUCAUUACUUGCGAGAUUCGCAAGACAGUACGAUGCAAAAUUUGGCUAGUAACCUCUCCACUAGACAGCUACUGCGAAUCGCUCGCCGAUUACACGAAUAUGGCGAGCUGCUUUCCGACCGUUCCGCGCACAGUAUCCUUCACAACACAUUCCUUACUAAGUUUAUGCCAAACCUUCCGAGAAGCGUGCUGGAAAACGCUCUUCGCAAAUGUAAAAUCGAGCCGACGCAAAAAGGUCGCGAUGAAAACAUUACUAUCUCCACAGACGGUGGCGUUCUGAGAAUCGGAAACACAAAAGUACCAAUUUAUCAAACCGAAGCCGUUAGCAAGGUGCCGGAUAUUGUGUUCUACAAUGUUCCACAGCACGUGAAACUAAUGGAACGACUUUUGCAAGAUUUCACGCUUGGUGAACACCUGCUCUUAGUCGGUAAUCAGGGAGUUGGAAAGAACAAAAUCGCCGACCGUCUGCUGCAGUUGAUGAAUCGGCCCCGUGAAUAUAUUCAACUGCAUCGUGACACAACUGUACAAUCGCUAACGCUGCAGGCCAGUAUACGAGAUCGAAUAAUCAUCUACGAAGAUUCACCACUGGUGAAGGCUGUCAAAAAUGGACACGUGUUGGUAGUUGAUGAAGCGGACAAAGCUCCCAUCCAUGUGACCUGCAUCCUCAAAACUCUGGUCGAGAACGGAGAAAUGAUGCUGUCCGAUGGACGGAAAAUUUGCCCUCCCGCCAGGGGAACCCCCACUGAGAACGAUAAACUGAUAUACACUCACCCGGGCUUCCGAAUGAUUGUUCUGGCGAACCGACCUGGGUUUCCCUUUCUGGGAAAUGAUUUCUUUGCCUCGUUAGGAGAUCUGUUCUCCUGCCAUGCAGUAGAUAAUCCAUCACCCAGUUCGGAGAUUUACCUGUUGAAACAGUACGGACCAGAUGUUCCGGAUAAAACCAUCCGCCAAUUGGUGGAUGCUUUUUCGGAGUUGCGAGAUAUGGCUGACAGCGGCAUUUUGAACUACCCGUAUUCUACUCGGGAGGUGGUGAAUAUUGUGAAGCACCUGCAAAAAUUUCCACGCGAUGAUAUGGCUGAACUGGUAGGAAACGUACUGGACUAUGACCGGUAUACUCCUGAAACCCUAGAUCAGGUUACCAACGUGUUAUUGAAGCACGGCCUCGAAAUCGGGCCCUAUGCGCAAAAUGAGCUAGCGGUAUUACGACGUCAGCGAGAGAUUCAGAUGACGAUCAAAAGCAAUAGUGGGAAAGAUGUGUCCGCUCCGAAGCACGGCAAGGUUGACCCGAACAAUGAUCCUCAUGUAGGUGGUAACACUUGGGCUGGCGGUACCGGAGGCCGAGAUACGGCUGGGUUGGGAGGAAAAGGAGGACCCUACCGGUUGGAUGCUGGCCACAAGGUUCAUCAACUGUCAGAUGCCGAAAAGGACGAUAUUCCGGAGCAUGUUAAACUCGCAGCGCGGGAAAUGAACCGCAAAGCAUUCGAGCAGAAGCUGAAGGAAAUUCAUAUGAGUCAGUAUGACCAUAAGGUUUAUAUGGAAUUUGCUGGACCGGUUAAGAAGCAGGUGCAACAACUGAGGGUAAUUCUACAGGCGCUGCAGGCAAAGAGUAAGGAACGCCAAUGGCAAAAGCAUCAAACGUCCGGUGAAAUGGACGAUACAAAAUUGGUUGAAGGAAUCACAGGGGAAAAAAGCAUCUACAAAAAGAGGGUUGAACAGGACCCGGAACCUGGGCAACCUCAGGAGAAGCCUAAACGUCUCAAGCUAGUAGUGGAUGUUUCAGGUUCGAUGUAUCGCUUCAACGGUUAUGAUGGUCGUCUUGACCGACAGCUAGAAGCGGUAGUAAUGGUAAUGGAGGCUUUCGAUGGAUUCGAAACAAAAAUCAAGUACGAUAUCGUGGGUCACAGUGGAGAGGCUGUAGAGAUUCCUUUCAUCAACGUGAGCAAUCCUCCAAAGGAUGAUAAACGACGGUUGGAUACGAUCAAGAUGAUGCACGCUCAUUCACAGUACUGCUGGAGCGGAGAUCAUACUCUGGCAGCUACUAAAAAUGCGGUAGACUCUAUGGCGAAAGAGGAUUGCGAUGAGGCGAUCGUUGUGGUUUUGAGCGACGCCAACCUAUCGCGGUACGGAAUUUCACCGAAAAAUUUGAACGAUGUACUACAGAAGCAGUCGCCCAAGGUACAAGGGUACGUGAUCUUUAUUGGAAGUUUGGGAGAUGAAGCACAGCUAAUUGCCAAUAACAUGACGGCCGGUAAGAGCUUUGUUUGCAUGAAUCUUGAGCAACUACCGCAAAUUUUGAAGCAGAUCUUCGCCGCCUCAGUGUUGCAGUGACGUGCUGGUUGGAGAAUACUGGUUAUAGACGGGUGUUCUGUUACAGGGAAUAAGGAUUAUGCUUUUUAGAACGUAGCUGUAAGAAUUAGCAACAAAUUGGAAAUACUGUUAAAUAUUUAAUUCCAAGAAAGAAAAAUAUAGAUAUUGCUGAAAUA